AUGGGCUCGGAGAAGAAGAUACUGCCGGAGCCAGGCAAGAAGAACAUCCUGAUCACCUCAGCGUUGCCGUACGUCAACAACGUCCCACAUCUCGGCAACAUUAUAGGCUCGGUCCUGUCGGCGGACGUGUUCAGCAGAUAUUGUAAAGCCCGAGGACUCCCUACAUUGUUUGUCUGUGGCACAGACGAGUACGGAACGGCGACCGAGACUAAAGCUCUGGAAGAAAACCUCACGCCGCAACAGCUGUGCGACAAGUACUACGCACUACACUCCCAAGUGUAUGAGUGGUUCAAUAUCGGUUUCGAUAUCUUCGGACGGACCCCAACGCGACAACAGACCGAGAUCGCCCAAGACAUCUUCCUGAAGCUAUACAAGAACGGUUAUCUAGAGGAGCGUGUCACUACCCAGCCAUACUGCGAAACCCACAAGUCAUUUCUGGCGGACAGGUUCGUUGAAGGGACAUGCCCCUUGUGCGGAUACGAAGACGCGCGGGGCGAUCAGUGCGACAAGUGCGGUCAUCUUCUCGACCCCUUAGAUUUGAUAAACCCUCGGUGUAAACUCGACUCUGCCACACCAGUACCGAGAGAAACCAAGCACGUCUUCCUACAACUCGACAAGCUCCAGCCUGCUGUAGAAGAGUGGUCAAGAAAGUCCAGUGCUCAGGGCAAGUGGUCAAACAACGGAAUCUCUAUCACAGAACACUGGCUCGCAGAAGGGUUGCGCCCCCGUGGUAUCACUCGGGACCUUUCGUGGGGCACCGCAGUUCCCCUUGAUGGAUAUUCGGACAAGGUGCUCUACGUCUGGUUUGAUGCUUGCAUCGGCUACGUCAGCAUUACCGCGAACUACACUGAGGACUGGGAGAAGUGGUGGAGGAACCCCAAGGAUGUCAGGCUUUACCAGUUUAUGGGCAAGGACAACGUGCCGUUCCACACUGUUGUCUUUCCUGCAUCACAACUUGGGACUGGUGACACCUGGACCAUGCUACAUCAUCUGAGCACAACCGAGUACUUGAAUUACGAGUCCGGCAAAUUCUCGAAGUCCAGAGGAAUUGGCGUGUUCGGGAACAAUGCUCGCGAAACCGGAAUACCCGCUGAUGUUUGGCGCUACUAUCUCCUCUUGACUCGACCCGAAACCGGUGACUCGGAAUUCUCCUGGAGAUCUUUCAUUGAUGCGAACAACAACGAGCUUUUGAAGAACCUGGGUAACUUCUGCAACCGGAUCAUUAAGUUCGUCAACGCGAAGUACGACUCUGUGGCACCGGAUUACAGCUAUGCCGAGUACGAAUACUUUGAGCAGCACAAGCGCGAUGUCAACGCCAGCUUGAAGACAUACAUCGAGGAGAUGGACGACGUAAAGCUGAAGGCUGCGCUCUCAACCGCAAUGAACGUUUCCUACCUUGGCAACAGACUGUUGCAAGACAACAGGCUCGAUAACAAGCUGUUAGAGUCGGAUCCGGCAAAAUGCGCUGCAGUCGUGGGCAUGGCCCUCAAUCACGUUCAUCUCCUUGCCAGUCUCAUCGCGCCGUACAUGCCCGGCACCGCCGACUCGAUCCUCGCGCAGCUCAACACUACCCUCCUCAUCAUCCCAGAUGAUUGGGAAGCCACCAGUAUCACCGCAGGUCACAAGAUUGGCAAAGCCGCGUAUCUUUUCUCCCAGAUCAAGCCAGAGAAGGAAGAUGAGUGGCGAGAGCAGUUCGGUGGUGCAGAGGCACGGAAAGCGAAAGAGGAGGCGGCUGCGAAGAAGGCGCAAAACAAAGCUGCCAAGGCGGCGAAGAAGGCUAAGAAGAAGGAGGAGGACAAGAGUGUCGAAGCCUCGGAGAAGGGGAAGGGGGAGAGGGCGGAGCAGACGGCGGAGGAGCAAAUUUCGGAGGGUGUGAAUCAGAUUUCGUUGCAGCCAUCAUAG